AUGAUAAAUGAAAACGAAGAAAAAGAAAUUCAAAAACUUUCUACUAAACUUUGCCAAAAGAAACCGAAAAUUAGAUUAAAACAAAGUCGUAAUGGUAUCGUAACAGCCACAACAAGCGAGACUUUUUUGCAUCAACUUUUAUGUCGUCAAUUUAAUAUCAUUAAUAAAACUUUAAUUGGCAAGGUUAAAUAA